AUGCCUACCUCUGGUGUUUGUAUGAACAUCAUCAAUGCACGGCAUCAGAAAAGUGGCCGUGGGACCAUCACAAACCCCAUUAGCUUCCUCAAACAAAACUACGAGCAGAUGAAACAGUACUGCCUCAGCCGACGAGUAAGGUACAUUGAUGAGAUGUUUCCCCCUGACAGUAACACCAUUGGCCAAGGGUUACUGACACCUUCUGACCUGGAUCGUGUGGUGUGGCUGAGACCAGCGGAUAUAGUUUCCAAUCCAUCUUUUGUUGUUGAUGGGGUCUCCAGAUUUGACUUUGGUCAAGGCUAUCUUGGAAACUGCUGGUUCCUUGCAUCUAUCGGAGCUCUGACAUUCCAGGAUUCAAUAUUAAAGCAAGUUGUUCCCCUUGAACAAAGUUUUAAUGAGGACUACUGCGGGCUGUUCCACUUCAGGUUUUGGAGGUUUGGGAAAUGGAUGGAUGUUAUCAUUGAUGACAAGCUACCAACAGUUGAUGGCAGAUUAAUCUUCGUCCAAUCCAAAACUCUGACUGAGUUCUGGCCUGCUUUGCUGGAGAAAGCCUAUGCCAAGGUGUGUGGUUCAUACGCAGACAUGACUGCUGGAACUCCUGCUGAGGCUUUGGUGGACUUCACUGGUGGUGUCCACAUGUGCAUCAACCUCACAGAACCUCCUCCGGACCUGUGGGAGCUGAUGACAAGAGCUGGACAAAGUAAUUCCCUGAUGGGCUGUGGGACUCCUCAGGGGAAAACAUCUGCCAACAAUGUGCUGCCAAAUGGAUUGGUCCAAGGCCAUGCCUAUGCUGUCACAGGUGUGAAACAGUUUAUGAGCCGAGGGAGACACGUUAACCUGGUGCGUUUGUGGAACCCCUGGGGCAAAACAGAGUGGAAAGGACAGUGGAGCGAUAAUUCGCAUUUGUGGCAAACUGUGAGUCUUCAGGAUCGUGAAAUGUGCCUUUCAGUGAAAGAUGAUGGAGAGUUUUGGAUGACACUGGAAGACUUCUGUGAGUUCUACAAUGAUCUUGACAUCUGCUGCCUGUGUCCAGACUUCCUAGAUGGAAGCUCCUCGUGCCAUUGGAAGUCGUCAUUCUAUGAGGGCAGAUGGGUUGCAGGAACCACGGCUGGAGGAUGCAUGCAGAACUUUGAAAAAUUCUCAACUAAUCCACAGUAUCGCAUCAAGGUCUGCAAAUUAUUCAGUGAGUGUUCAGAGAACCAGGGGGAAAAAAACUUUCUGAUGUCUCUCAUGCAAAUGCCCGACAAAAGGAACAGACGCCUGGUCGAAAAUCUCCACAUUGGACUCAACGUGUUUGAGGUGACCGAAGAAUACCAGGCACACCAAGGGAGGUUCCCAGCCUCUUUCUUCGGCAGAAACAAAGUUGUGGCCAAAACUAAAACCUACUUGAACGCACGUGAGGUGACGGAGUUCGUCAUGUUGAAGCCUGGUGAAUACCUGAUUGUGCCGUCCACCUACCAUCCCAAUGAGACUGCCUCCUUCAUCCUGACCAUCCUGUCCAAGGCCGAGACCGAAGUGCAUGAGGAUUCUGGAGGCCAUAACCACGAACACAACAAAACAGAAAAGGUGCAGACACCAGACGAAAAUAGAGUGGAUGACGCAAAUAAGAGACACAUUUUUCGUCAAUACUCUGACAAGUAUGAAGAAGUGGACGCUGAAUUGCUCCAGACGAUUCUAAAUGACCGAAUCUUGAAAGGAGAUCUGAAAUCUGGAGGCUUCAGCAUCGAUGCCUGUCGCAGCAUGAUUUCUCUGAUGGAUACGUCUAUCACGGGCAAACUGAAUGGCGAGGAAUUCCUGCGUCUGUGGAAGAAGGUCAUCGUGUACAAGGACAUUUUCUCCCAAAAAGACGUUUCACUUACAGGAACACUGUCUCUGAAUGAGCUCCGGAAUGCUGUCAUGGCCUCAGGAAAGCGUGUCAGCGAUGGCAUGCUGAAUUUGAUGGCUCUGCGCUACGGUGCCUCCUCUGGACACAUGACACUGGAGAGUUUCAUCAGCCUCAUCCUUCGCUUUGAAUGCAUGUCCCAAAUCUUCAAGCAGCUGUCUGAUGGAUGGGAAAUGACUCUUGGAGAAUCAGAGUGGAUGUACCUUUCCAUGUACACUUAAACUGACAGAGAAGAUGAGCUGCCGGACUCAUUUGGAACAACUGCAGCAGACGAUGUGCAAAUAGAAUAAAAGAACAAACAAAGUAAUUUCUUUUUCAAUUAAGCUGUUCUUUGUUCUUUGAACUACAGGGCGUUUCUUUUACCCCAUUGCAAUUUGAGUGGGAGAGCAAAUGGGAUACACACACAGAAAUGCUAUCAGAUACGCUGAAAAUUUUAAAUUUAAAGUUAAAGUCAUGUUUGAACUUUGGUUCAAACUUGCAUAUUUCAACAUUUAUAGAUGAUUUGCCAUAAGACCUGGUUAAAAGCAUGUAUUUCUGGUACCCAUGAGGCCAUAUCACUUUCUGUAAUCUUCCACAUUUGUCUCUAUAUGAUUACCAUGUUGUUAACAAUGAGUAUGUUUACAUGGACAGCAACAUUUCAAUAUUAGUCCGAUCAAGACACUAGAAUAAGACAAUGUCAUAUAAAGAUAAUUUUUUAGAUUACUUUAACCUGAAUAAGGUCCUACUCAUAAUAAGCAAUAUUCAAAUCAAGAAAUUUGGAGUAUUCCAAGCUAAAUCAGAUUAUGACAACAUGUAUAGGUCUUAAUAACAUUAAAAGGUCCUGUUGGAUUUUUCAUUGUAUUUUCUGACAUCGGCAUACGGCAGUAACCAACUGCUUGAUGACAUUUGCCCUGGGUGUAAACAAUAUGCUAUUUCAAGUUGGGGUUUUAAAUCUGUUGGAUUGACAUCGGACAUAAUGGUUUAGUAGACAUAGUAAUGAGUCCUAACCAGACUGUUCUGUGCAAUGUAAACAGGAAUGGAAUUCUAUGAGCAACUCAUGUAAAGAACAUAAUCAAAAUCAUGUCUUAUUCUGUCUGAAGGUCAACAGCCCGAAUAUUGGUGUCCAUGUGAACAGUGUAAUUUCAUGAAUACUAUUCGGUAAUAUGUUUGCGACGCAGGGAGAAUUAGCCAAUGUUAGCAUGCCCGCGUGCUUAAAUAAGAUUGACAGUAUGGUUAAUGUUAUACCUGCUAAUGAUCAGCUUUGUUUUAUAAGUUUUUUGAUAAAAUUUAGCAAAGUAAAGAUAUUAUCCGGUGUUAGUGUAUAAACAUUUCUUUUAUCUUUUUAAUUCCUUGCAGAUAUUUUGAAAUGUUUAAGAAAAUA